AUGCACCACCUCAACCUUUCCCCCUUCUCGAGCUCGCCCGAUUCUGCCAAGAUGGAGCAGCUCUCCCCUUCCCAACUCGGCUCGUACCCCCAACCGGCUCUCACCGCCGCUCCGGCCCCGGCAGCCAACAACAAGCCCAAGUCCAAGCCUCGCAAACGCGUCAAUACCGCCGAGAAGCGGCACCAGCACAAUGCUGUCGAGCGCCAGCGUCGUGAGACGCUGAACAGCAAGUUCAUCGUUCUUGCCCGUCUCCUCCCCGCGCUCGCGCAGCACCGUCGGCCGUCCAAGUCGGCCAUCGUCAACGGGUCCAUCUCCCACCUCACCAAGCAGAGGGACCAGCGUCUCCUCGCUGCGGGACUUCUUCGCCAGCUCUGUGCGGAGCGGGACGCGCUCGCCAAGGAGUGCAAGGAGUGGCGUGCGGCGAGCGGGUUCAAUGGGGACGAGAAGCUGUCUGCAACGGCAUGGACCGGGGAGAUGGACGAGGUGUGCGCGGUAGAGCAGGAGACGUUUGGGGAGUUUGCGAAUAUGGGCGAGGGGGAGGAUGGGGAGGAUGACCCUGAGCAGGAUGAGGCGGACAUGAACCCUGUCGGUGCCGGCGCGGCCAUGCCUUUGGGCGGACCGGUCCAAACGGGCAUGGGCUUCGGUUUCCAGGCGGGCGGCGGAGUGGGCAUGGGCAUCGAAGCAGCCACAGCGGCAGUAUCGAGCUUCACCACAUCGGGUCUCAUUACUCCUCGGAUGUCCACCGACAUCGACCCAUUGUCGCUCGCCCUCGGUCUCACCAUCCCUCUUCCCGGAUCGCAAGGUCGGCAGGCUCAGGCUCAGUCCCAGACCCAGUCCCAGUCACUGGGCAUGGACUGGCCCGAUGCGUUCAACUUCCUCGGCGCCACCCCCGACGCGUCCUCGGACCCCAUCUCCAUCCACUCCUCUUCGGCCCCGCCCGCCUCUACUAUCCCUUUCAACGCCUUCAUGGUCGACUCGCUCGAGAACCUCUCGGCGUCCCCUCCUGGCUCCCUCGGUCUGCCUACCCCUCCCACCUCGGACUUUUCACGCUUCACCCAUACUCCCUCCCCCCGCUCGUCCGGCUCUUUCGUCGAGGAAUUGUCCAAGUCCCAAGGCCAGUCCCAGAGCCAGGGUCAGGACCGAUCCAACUACUUCCUCAACCAAGCGCAGUUCCCCCAGCAACAACAACAGCAGCCACAACACAACUCGCAAGCCUGGGCUCAGCAACAACUCCUCUACUUUCACUCGAUGCAGCAACAGCAGCUCCAGCAUUCCCAGCUUGCCGAGCUCCAGUCCACCCGGUCCCUCUCUUCGCCAACAAACCCGCUCUUCCCCGCUCGGUCCAUGAGCACUGGAUCGGGCUCGGAUGGGGCGUACUUUUCUGUCCCCACCCAAAGCCAGAACAUCCACUCGCAGCGCCAGAGUCUGCCGGUCUAUCCCCCGACUGCGUUCCAGCAGAUUCAGCAGAUGCAGGCGCAGCAGCAGCAGCAGCCUCAGCAGCAGCAAAGGGGUCAAGCGCCGGCGCAGGCACAGGCGCCGAGGAUGAGCCAAGAGCAACUGGAGGCGUGGCGCAAGAUUGCGACGGGUGGGGGUGGGGCCAGGGCGGAUUUGGGGAUGUGGGCGCAGAAUGCGUUGAAGGGAUUCUAG